CGCCAUGCCCUGGGAGAGACUGGUCACCUGGCAGGCCGCCCCGACUUGAGAUCAGCGGUCUCCACCGCGAGCGUCUUCCUCUUCCCAUGGGCUUGGUUGAGCCUUUCAGCGCAUGCUCCAAGUCCUCCAGUGUCCCACAAUGCCUUGCUACCUCUUUCGCCCUCGGUCCUGGCAGCCACCGCGUAACCACGCAGGAGGGCGAUAGCGGCUCCGGAACAAGUUUGUCCCUCUGCGCGAUCCGGAACUCCGAGGUCGUUGCUACGCGCCGACGUUCGCUUCUUUACAUCGGAUUGGGUCUCACUCAAAGAUGAGGCGGGGUCUCGCUGUGGCGCACAUGCGUACAGCAAAGAAUGGAGGAGUCCGAACCCGAGCGGAAGCGGGCUCGCACCGACGAGGCGACUGCCGGAGGAAGCCGCUCCGAAGCGGAGGAUGAGGACGACGAGGACUACGUGCCCUAUGUGCCGUUACGGCAGCGCCGGCAGCUGCUGCUUCAGAAGCUGCUGCAGCGAAGACGCAAGGGAGCUGCGGAGGAAGAGCAGCAGGACAGUGGCAGCGAACCCCGGGGUGAUGAGGACGACAUCCCGCUGGGCCCUCAGUCCAAUGUCAGCCUCCUGGAUCAGCACCAGCACCUUAAAGAGAAGGCUGAAGCCCGCAAAGAGUCUGCCAAGGAGAAGCAGCUGAAGGAAGAAGAGAAGAUUCUGGAGAGUGUGGCUGAGGGCCGAGCAUUGAUGUCAGUGAAGGAGAUGGCUAAGGGCAUCACAUAUGAUGACCCCAUCAAAACCAGUUGGACUCCGCCCCGUUAUGUCCUGAGCAUGUCUGAAGAGCGACAUGAGCGUGUGCGGAAGAAAUACCACAUCCUGGUGGAGGGAGACGGUAUCCCACCACCCAUCAAGAGCUUCAAGGAAAUGAAGUUUCCUGCAGCCAUCCUGAGAGGCCUGAAGAAGAAAGGCAUCCACCACCCAACACCCAUUCAGAUCCAGGGCAUCCCUACCAUUCUAUCUGGCCGUGACAUGAUAGGCAUUGCCUUCACGGGUUCAGGCAAGACACUGGUGUUCACGUUGCCUGUCAUCAUGUUCUGCCUGGAACAAGAGAAGAGGUUACCUUUCUCAAAGCGUGAGGGACCCUAUGGACUCAUCAUCUGCCCCUCACGGGAGCUGGCCCGGCAGACCCAUGGCAUCCUGGAGUACUACUGCCGCCUGCUGCAGGAGGACAGCUCGCCACUCCUGCGCUGCGCUCUCUGCAUCGGGGGCAUGUCCGUGAAAGAGCAAAUGGAGACCAUCCGACACGGUGUGCACAUGAUGGUGGCCACCCCAGGACGCCUCAUGGAUUUGCUGCAGAAGAAGAUGGUCAGUCUAGACAUCUGUCGCUACCUGGCCCUGGAUGAGGCUGACCGCAUGAUUGACAUGGGCUUUGAGGGCGACAUCCGCACCAUCUUUUCAUACUUCAAGGGCCAGCGGCAGACCCUGCUCUUCAGUGCCACCAUGCCGAAGAAGAUUCAGAACUUUGCUAAGAGUGCCCUUGUAAAGCCUGUUACCAUCAACGUGGGGCGCGCUGGGGCUGCCAGCCUGGAUGUCAUCCAGGAGGUGGAAUACGUGAAGGAGGAGGCCAAGAUGGUGUACUUGCUUGAGUGCCUGCAGAAGACACCCCCACCUGUGCUCAUCUUUGCGGAGAAGAAGGCAGAUGUGGACGCCAUCCACGAGUACCUGCUGCUCAAGGGGGUUGAGGCCGUAGCCAUCCAUGGGGGCAAAGACCAAGAGGAACGGACUAAGGCCAUCGAGGCAUUCCGGGAGGGCAAGAAGGAUGUCCUAGUAGCCACAGAUGUUGCCUCCAAGGGCCUGGACUUCCCUGCCAUCCAGCACGUCAUCAACUAUGAUAUGCCAGAGGAGAUUGAGAACUAUGUACACCGGAUUGGCCGCACCGGGCGCUCAGGAAAUACGGGCAUCGCUACCACCUUCAUCAACAAAGCCUGUGAUGAGUCAGUGCUGAUGGACCUCAAAGCCCUGCUGCUGGAAGCCAAGCAGAAGGUGCCACCUGUGCUGCAGGUGCUGCACUGUGGGGAUGAGUCUAUGCUGGAAAUCGGAGGAGAGCGUGGCUGUGCCUUCUGUGGGGGCCUGGGCCAUCGGAUCACUGACUGCCCCAAACUUGAGGCUAUGCAGACCAAGCAGGUCAGCAACAUCGGCCGCAAGGACUACCUGGCCCACAGCUCCAUGGACUUCUGAGCCAACAGUCUUCCUUCCUCUCCAGGAGGCCUCAGUCCUCAGGACUGCAGCCACUCUGUGCACACACAGCAGCCCCCUGGACAGAACCAGCAUCCUCAGCCCAGCUGGCCUGGGCUGGGCCAGGCUAGGCCUGGCUGCCUGUUCCCUGUGCCCCUCAGAAUUACUAUUUUUGUUCCCUUUCACCCCAGCUGCCAUUAAAGCACAAACUUCUAUUCCA